AUGAGGAUCUCGUCGGCGGGCCUCUUCCUCGCCAUCGCGGCCAUCUCCCGCGCUCCCGUGGCAAAUGCUGAAAGGGUACUCAGCUCAACCUCCCUCAAUACGUGUCAGGAGAAUUCGGGUUUCACAGCGAGUCGAUUCAAUGUCGUCUUUACGCCAAACAAUGCCUCUGUUUUCGUCAACAUGCUAGCCGUCUCCUCUAUCGAAAGCCACGUCGUCUUCGACAUCGCCAUAUUCAUUUAUGGCUACGAAUUUAUGCGCAGAACCAUCAACCCCUGCGACACCGGCUUCGCUGGCUUCUGUCCCAUGACGGCCGGCAAGACGUCAACUCCCUUCAACCUCUUCCUGAACAAGGAUGCGGUUGAUCAGAUUCCCACUAUCGCCUACACGUUUCCGGACCUUGAUGCCAAGGUUCGAGUCUUCAUCAAUAGCACCGAUGGCUCGUCAGCUGGACACAGCGUGGCUUGUGUUGAGACCAACAUCUCCAACGGAAAAACGGUGGACCUCCUAGGAGUCAAGUGGGCAGCCGCCAUAGUUACCGGCCUGGCCCUGCUAUCUUCUGCUAUCUUUUCUGGCCUGGGCCAUUCCAAUACCGCGUCACACGUCGCUGCCAAUGCCCUGUCAUUGUGUAGCUACUUUCAAGCCCAGGCCAUUGUUGGUCUCGUCCGAAUAUCCCUCCCUCCCGUCGUGCAAGCGUGGACCCAGGACUUUCAAUGGAGUCUCGGCAUAAUCAAAGUCGCCUUUCUGGAGAGCAUUUACACCUGGUACCAGCGAGCUACCGGUGGAACGCCAUCUGAGCUCUUCAGCUCCUUGGCGCAAGUCUCCGUUCAAGUUGAAAAGCGUGCUCUGCACAUGGUUCGACCGGCCUUGGAUCUGUUCGAGAGCGCAACCGCAAGACUGCCUGUAGCUGCGCAUAGUCUUGCCAGGCGAGCAGACACCACGCAGACCAGUUCGGGCAGUUAUGUCAUCACGGGCAUUCCGCGAGUGGCCUUUAGAGCUUUGAUCGAGACUACCAAUAUUUUCAUGACCGGAGUCAUCUUCUUCUGGAUCAUUCUCCUCGCGACGAUUGUGUUUGUUGCUGCAUUCAAGGGGCUCUGCGAGGCUUUCGUCAAGGCGAAAUGGAUGAGAGGCGACAUCUUCCAGGACUUCCGAAAUGGCUGGCGCACCGUAUUGAAGGGUAUUCUAUUUCGAAUCUCUCUGAUCGGAUAUGCUCCGAUCGCCAUUCUGUGUCUCUGGCAGCUCGCAGAGAGGGAUUCGGCUGCCGAAGUUGUCCUGGCGAUUGGUUUCUUUCUCGGCUUAACUGGAACCCUGGCUUGGGCGUCGUACAAGGUCAUUCGAAUUGCCAAGCGGUCUGUCACACUGCACAAGAAUCCGGCUUACAUAUUGUUUUCCGAUCUACACACUCUCAACAAGUGGGGAUUCCUGUACAUCCAGUUCCGAGCCUCGGCAUACUACUUCAUAGUACCUGUGCUGGGGUACACCUUGUUGAAGGCGAUAUUCAUUGCUUUUGCGUCAGGAGCCGCCCAGGCCAUUGCCUUGAUCAUUAUCGAAGCCGCUGCACUGAUCGCCGCCACCGUCUUACGGCCAUGGAUGGACAAGAAAACUAACUCGUUUAAUAUUGCCAUCUGUGUCGUUAACUUCCUGAACGCCAUCAUGCUUCUCAUCUUCACCGAAAUUUUCAACCAGCCUCCGUUGGCGACGGGUAUCGUGGGUGUCGUCCUGUGGAUUCUCAAUGCGGCAUUCACACUCGUCCUACUGAUCAUGCUCAUCAUCACGACUACCCUUGUCUUCUUCCAUGGAAACCCUGAUGGUAGAUAUCAGUACAUGGCCGACGAUCGUACUUCUUUCAUGAAGUCUCAAAGCCAACUGAACACAACGACGGAACUGGACGCUUUGGGUGCUGCGGCCCGCGGGGAUGGUAGGGGAGGCUUCGCGUCUGAAUUAGAACUUCACAGUGAAGUCCAACACCCUGAGAAGCAGUCUUUAUCUUCUGAUCGAUGGCACGUGCCCAAUGAGUAUACGCACCAGGCGCCUUCAGUUGCCAGUUCAGGCCACGAACCGCAUACUCCCAUCACAUCGGUAACCCCAACCCAGCCCGCACACCCCUCAGACGGCCUUGACACGCAGAAUAAUGCCAGCCCGCACGUGUUUCGAGCAGAGAACAACGCAAGUCCUUGGCAGCGCGGAGCUGGCUACGAGCAUUGA